AUGGCCUCCAAUAAAGCUGUGCUGCAAAAAAUGGGAAAGAAACAGAAUGCAAAGAGUAAAAAAGUCGAAGAGGCAGAACCUGAAGAAUUUGUCGUAGAAAAAGUACUGGACCGACAUGUAGUGAAUGGGAAGGUGGAGUGUUUCCUGAAGUGGAAGGGAUUUACAGAUGCAGACAAUACUUGGGAACCCGAAGAAAACUUUGAUUGUCCAGAGUUGACUGAAGCAUUUCUUAAUUCUCAAAAAGCUGGUAAAGAAAAAGAUGGAACAAAAAGAAAAUCUUUAUCUGACAGUGAAUCUGAUGAUAGCAAAUCAAAGAAGAAAAGAGAUGCUGCUGAUAAACCAAGAAGUUUAGCCGGAGGUCUCGACCCAGAGCGAAUAACUGGUGCCACAGACAGCAGUGGAGAAUUCAUGUUUCUCAGGAAAUGGAAAGAUUCAGAUGAGGCGGACUUGGUGAUGGCAAAGGAGGCAAAUAUGAAGUGUCCUCAAAUUGUAAUUGCUUUUUAUGAAGAGAGACUAACUUGGCAUUCUUGUCCAGAAGAUGAAGCUCAAUAAUUGUCUGCAUUGCUUUUUAUAUAUAUUUAUAUAUAUAUAUAUAUAAUCUGGGUCUUGGUUUUUUGAUCUAUUAGUGUGAAGAAAUAACUACAUUCUAAUGAAAAUCAAGUUUGAUAUGUUCGUUUUGAAGUAGUUUUGGGGAAGUUGUUGGGUUUGGGGGGUUUUUUGGGGUGGGCUUUGUUUUUUGUUUUCUUUGCAUCUGUAGCACUGGUUACUUUGAACAAAUAAAAGCUUUC